AAAUAUGAAUAUGGUUGGAUUUGGGAAAGCCAUAGAGAGAGAGAGAGAGAGAGAGAGACAGAGACAGAUAUGCGCACAAAACGCAUUUGACGUGUCAUCAUUAAAUGCAAAUGCGAGUCGAGAAGGAAGGAAAUCAAUCUCUCCCCCACUUGCUGCUGCUUCGCAUCGCAUUCAUGGCGUUAAUGGUUCUUCCUCAAACCCCCUUCAUUCCACCUCACCACUCACACGUACACGCCGGGCCGGACGGACGGACGGACGGACGAAGGAGUUAAUCUGAUGAUACACGCAACCGCAGGGGAGGACUACUGAUUUGGAUUCUUUGUUUUUUACAAGCUAGGAAAGUUGAUUCCCUUUUUAUGUUAGCAGGAGCAGCAGCCAUAGAAGAAGGGAAUCGAUCGUGUUGUUAAAGGUGGUGGUGGAGGAGGAUAAAAAGAAACCAAUUAAAGGGGCCGGGAGAAACAGGAUUUUUAGGGUUCACAAAUUUCUGCCUUUCGUUGCCGCGGUGAUUGAAUUUGCGUGAUCCGAACGUGAAUUGGGUUUUUCGUUUGUUUCCGAAGCUCCACUCCUCCUUGACCUCCCCUGGAAGAUUUUAUUUCGCCUUCUUGUUGCUUUACCGCGUACGCAGGGGCGCGUAAUUGUCGGGGGGGUUAAUUGACUUAGGGUUUCAGAAACAUGUCGUUUUCAUUAAUGGAAGGAUGGAACUGGAUGUUGUAAAUUGACGGACUCCGGAACGUCUUUUUGAAGUCAUUGAAUGGAAUGGUCGACAAUUUCAUUGAAGAAAUAAAGCGAGGGCUUGUCCGGCAGGGGAAUUUGGGCAAUCUCGGUUAAUUGCCGGUUUUCCGGCGCGAGGGAAGUGGUGAAUUUAAGGAUACUUGUGUUUUUGUUGUUUCCGUAUUGGUAAAAGGGAAAAGGAUCGAGGAUUCGACUGAAGGAUAAUGGAUUCUGCAAUUGGGAAUUGUUGUCCGGACGUGGAAGGAUAGUCAUAUCUCGUUUGGAAGACCGCUUUCCCCAUUAAUCUCUCUAUCCCUCUCUCUCUCUCUCCUGAGAGAAAAGAAGAAGAGAAAAUCCCGACAAUUUCUCCUGUCCUCUCCCCUUCCAUAAAUUCUAUUCAACCCUCUGUUUCCCCCUCUUCCCUUCCCUUCUCUCUUCUCUCUCUUUCCUUCUCCUCUCCCUCUCUCUUGCUUUCAUCUCCUUUCCCUCUCUGUUCUUCAAAAGAGCUAAGAGAGAGAAUUGAACCAAUCUCUCUCUUUCUCUUUCGUUGUUGAGGGAAACAUGUUGAUCUAUGACAGGGUCUCAAUGCAGACAAAUCUCGAAAGCUUCUUGGAUUGCACAACUCCUGUGGUCCCAUCUCAAUUCCUGCCCAAGAGCGAGAUGAAGAAACUGAACAGGCUAUGGCAUCCAUGGGAAAGGGAGAAAAUGGAAUAUUUUGUUCUUGGUGAUCUCUGGAAUGCGUUCGAUGAAUGGAGCGCAUAUGGUGCUGGUGUUCCAAUCCUCUCAGAUUCCCAGAAUUUAGUCCAAUAUUUCGUGCCCUAUCUCUCCGCGAUCCAAAUCUUCACUAGCAAUUCAUCUGCAAGCUGUUUAAGGGAUAGGGAAGAGAGUGACUCAGUAAGCGAGACCAGGGAGGAUUUUUCAUUUAGCGACUCGCUGAGUGACGAGAGCGAGAGCGAGAAGUUGUCAAGGUGGGAUGGAUGCUCGUCCGAGGAAGGAGUGUUAGAGCACGACGGCUUCUGGCAUCCCAAUGAUAGAUUGGGCAGUCUUUACUUUCAGUACUUUGAGAGAUUGUCUCCCUACGGAAGAGUUCCUCUUUCAGACAAGGCCAGCGCAUUAGCCCAAAGAUACCCAGGACUAACGUCGUUGAGAAGCGUAGAUCUUUCUCCUGCUAGUUGGAUGUCCGUUGCCUGGUACCCGAUCUAUCACAUCCCUGCCAGCCGAAGCAUUAAAGACUUGCAAACAUGCUUCCUUACAUACCACACCCUGUCUUCUUCUUUCCAAGAUGUGGAGUCUGAUGAAGAAAUCGAGAACGCAAAGAGGAAGAAGAAAGGGGAGAGCAUCCCCCUGGCCCCGUUCGGGGUGGCCACGUACAAGAUGCAAGGCGAUGUGUGGAUGUGUGACAAGGGGGGACGGGAUCGGGAGAGGAUUGCGUCCCUGUCGAGUGUGGCGGAUUCGUGGCUGAAGCAAUUACGGGUGCAACACCACGACUUCAACUUUUUCAUGGGAAUCCGACAUGGGUGAAGAAGAAGGCAGCACUAGAUCGAUCUGAUGCAGCGGCAGUGAGUGAGUCUUGACUGUAGCUACAAAUGUAAUACAACCAACCAACCAAUCAACGGGAUGGAUGAUGAGAUGAGAUGAGAUGAGAUGGGUGAUAUAAUAUAUAGCUAGGCGCAGGAGGAGGAGGACUAACAGCGGUUAAUUUUGGAGUGAAGACAAGAGUAGUGCAGUGGGGUGGGGUGUAGCACAUAGAUAUGCAAUGCAUGCGAGCUAGCAAGCUAGUAUGUGAAGAAAGGAAAGGAAAGGAAUUUAACUAGUGCUGCUACUGCAUGCAUGUGAAUUUAGUUUCUGAAUUGCUGCAGCUGCUCUCUAUGUGUGUGUGUUUUUUUCUCUCACUUGUCUCUGUAUAGGUGUCAUUUUGUGUUCUUUUCAAAGAUGAAGAUGAAGAUGAAGAUGAUGAUGGUGUCUUAGUACUAGUCUUAGCUUGUGUGUCUGUUGGGGCCUUCCAUUUACUUGGGCAUCAUCAGCUUCGUUUUUAUAUAUCUGUGUAUGUGUAUGUGUAUGUGUUGCCAAGGAAGUAGCAGUAGCAGUACUGGUCGGACUUUGAAAAAAAAAAUAUAUAUAUAUAUACACUUGUCUCCGUAUA